UACACUUAGCACCUUUUCUUCUUCCCUCACAUCCUAAAAGUGGCUUUCGCCCAAAAAAAAAAACACCUUUCACCCAAGAGAUGGCCAAGGAGACAGAAAAGGAGUGUCUCGACCAUCCUUUGCCCCUGUGGAGUCGCCUGCUGAACCACAAUGCCGAAGGGCAGUUGCGACCGAGGAGGGAGGAAAAGGAGAAUCGCUACGAGGUGGAGAUCGCCAACAAAUUGUGGUCACUGUGGGGCACCACCAGGAAAGUGGAGUCCAAAGAGGCCAGCUCUUCCACGGAUCCAGCAUCCUUGAGGAUCUCGGCUCCUGGGGAGGCACUCGCCUGCUGUGUGAUGGCCUGUUGUGCCGGCAGUUGCCAUUCGCUGGACUCCUGGAACUCCCGACUGCUGGACAAAAUCCUGAUUAAUGGUCGGGAUUACUACGAUUACAGUUUGGUGUCCAGGCAACGCAGGAAAUUCGUGGCAGAUCUGUCCAUGGAGACCCUCAAUACCAAUUGCUCCCUGGAAGGCAGCCACUUUUGGGUGGACAUCGAUAAGUUUGCCUCCGGCAAUUUGUACAGCAAAAGCAGGAGCUUGGGAUCUGCGCUGAGGCUCUUCUUUGCCCAGCACCUGCAAACGGGGAUACUUCAGCUCAGAGAUCAGGCUCUGGCCUUUGGUUUCAUUCCCGAGUUUGCUUCCGGCGGUGGCUUCUUCCUCUUCCACUGCCAGGCGAAGGGGAGGCCCCUCUUCAAGGACUCCGAGAGUGCUCCCUAUGUCCUCAGAAUGCGGCAGUUGCAGCAGCUCCUCUACUGCAUUCUGAUCACUUUGGAUGAGAAACAGUAUGAUGUGCCAUUCAGGAUCUACAAAGUGGGAUGUGUUCCUUGUGCUCAAAUCACGGGUUAAGGGUGUAGAAAAUUAUCAGACUUCAAAGUAAAUCAACCAAAUCUUCUGUAACUCUUUCCCUAAAAUAAAAGCAUAGAAAACAGAA